UCUUCGAGUUGAAAUAUGGACGGUCGAAUAUGCUUGUUCCAAGGGGACGCCUACGUUGCGUAUGGAAAUUAUUCCGAAGCGAAGAAAUAUUAUACCGAGGCGGUGAUAUUGAAAACCGAGAUUCCGCAAAAUGUUAGAAUGCUUUGUUACAAUAUUCUAAUCGAGAAAUUACGAUACAUGAUAAAAGGUAUUUAUAAGAUUUUCUUCAAAAAUGAAGAAUCGUCCUUAGACGACGAGACGAUAGGAUUAGCUAUCGCUUUGCAACGUUUGUCUAUGAUUUCAAUGUUUCAGAGCGAAAAGAAAUUUGCGAAUCUCACUAUUUUGCAAAGUAUUCGUAUGAUAUUUAAAAAUUCGAGCACUUUCUUAGAGAAAGGAAAGAUCUAUCUAUGCGCCGUAGACAUUUUUCGUCAGCUCAACGAUAUCGGGAUGAUAAAUGAUGUAGAAGAAAUGAUAUUAGUGGUUAUUAGAAAUAAAACCGCACUGGCUGGUUGGACAAAACCCGAGGAAAUUAUUAUUCUAGUGAAAAUCUAUAAAAUGAUGUACGAGCAUAGGUAAUUAAUUUAAUUGAUU